AAUAUAUGUCGUUUUUGAUAGAAGUCACUGGAGAUGUCGGCGUGAUCGCAAGAAAUCUAGGAAAUGUCAACGACAGUUUUUUCGGUUACCGUGUGUGUCAUAAUAAUAGUAAUAUCCGAAACCUUGUCAACUCCAACAGGUCGCAUCAGAAGAUACGAAGACGGAGAAGACUACGAUAUGAGACUGUAUGACGACUCCGAAAUCUAUGGCUCCGACACCGACGACAACGAUUUGCAACGCGACACGUUCGAGCUGCCACUCGAAUCCAACGGAUCAGAACUAAUCGAAAUGGAUCGAACAGAAGAAGAGUUACAGACUGACGAAUCGAAGCACGACCAUUCCAGAAAACACAAAACCGAGUCUAACAAGGGCGGUGUAUACAGUUCGGAAAUUGAUUCACGUGACGCGUUAAACGAAGAACAGUUUUCAAACAUUUCCAACGGCAUUAUUGUCGUUGAUAAGAGCGUCAGCGACAAGAAGACUGCUUCUAGAGCAACAAAUUCAAAAAACCUCGCGUCGGGUCGACAAAUUCGACAGUCGCAACCAAGAAGCGACGCUCAGACUGUUGACAUAAAGAAGAAAAAACAAGAAAAAAGGAAACGAGCAAAUAAACCUAAACUUAGGUUAUUCGUAGAUAAAGAAGCGAGUCUACAAUCGCGCGAUCACGUGAGCGGUCUCGGAAACCAGACCGUCGGUACCGGUAGAUACCGCAAUGACAAAAAGGAAUGACAGAGUAUACUGUGCAUGCGUGCUCUCCAUUAUCCUACUACUCAAGACUCUCAACUGUUACAAGAUAAAAAAAUCGUUUUAAGACCGUCCUGCUGCGCAACAUGUCAGCUACAAACCUAGCAGUGGUCGUCUAGACAAUACAAAGAAACGUUUGCCGGCGUUGGGUUUCCAUUGUCAUCAAUCUGUCUGCUAGUUUGCAUUGAUAUUUUGGAUGCACUAUGUCAUACAACUAUAUUUAGGAUAGAACUCUACACUCCCAACAUCCAAUUAUCAAUACUCCCGCCAUCAAUUUCAAGUAUACACUCAACAGCGCACUCCAUAACCCCAUCAAGUAACGUAAUCAAUCGCAUAACUAAAAAAGAAAUGUAGAAAAUUACGCUAAAGCUGCUCACCUUACGCUGCACAUAUCUGCCUAAGUAAUAUCUGCGUAAGUAAAUAGUGCCGCCCUACUCCACCGCAUUCCAUGCAUUGGUAUGUCUAAUUUGCUGUGAGUCACUCAGUGUAUGAGCUUUUGUUUGCUUGGCCAUGGCUGCUACAGCUGUUUUCUCAUCUCCGGCCAUGCACCGGCUGUGUUCAAGCCUCGAAUCUUCAGUAGACAGCCCGACAACUCAACGGAGAGAGCUGAAGUACGAAUGCCAAAGCAUAGCUCACUUCUGCAUCUACAACAAGCUCAAAACGCACCCUCUCGCACAAGCCGGCAGUCUGGCAAUACCGCCUGUGGGGCAGAUAUCGCCGAGCAUGCACAGAGUUGCCAAGGUUGUUCAGAGAGUAGCCGGCGAGGUGGAAAAACGAUACAACACUCAAUUCAACGACAUGUGCUGCAAGCUGCGACUGACUACGACUACAGCGUACGCCACAUUCGCUGCGGUGGCGAACGAAAUGUUCAGUUCGGGCGUCAACUGGGGGCGUAUAGCGGCGCUCUUCGCCUUUGUUACGUCGCUCGCGUGGAGUUUGACGGAGCGCGGUCAUAUCGGUGUCGUUGAGAGAAUGCCUGACUGGGUUGCUCAGUUUGUUGAAAAGAAUGUGGGAGAGUGGAUUGCGAGCAAAGGAAGCUGGAACGCCUUCGUUCAAGAAUUCGAGAGGAAAUGCCCAGACGAGAUUACCUAUGACAUUGAGAACACCGACUGUGGUCUGACAAAGUUGAACAUCGCCACUCUAUUUGGUCUCCUCAUCGCCACAGCUUUCCUGACAAAAUAAAA